AUUUUGCGCUUUAUUCUUGUGAUUGCUUAGGGUAUGACCCAGGCCAAGCGGAGCGGUUGAGGCGUUCACCACUUCACAAUGCUCCACAAACAAUAUUGUCCUCGCCAAUCCUGUGCGGCCAGCAAAAAUGCGGUCAGACAUGUUAGAUUUCCUCGCGCCUGUGCAACAAGCAACGCAGCUUCGAGGCUGUUGUUGGAGAGUCGGGCCAUUGACGUUAUGACGAGGGCCGUCUAUGACGAUGUGGCGAGUUUACCUGAGCCCCAAUGGCACAAGAACCAGCUGCGAUGGUCACGACCACCUGGCGUGCGCCCAGUAAAAGCCCCGUCUGGCGCACCACCCAUCAUCAUUCUUCCGGGCUUCGGCAACGCCUCAACCGACUAUACGGAGCCCUUUGGCAACCAGGACGCCGCUCUUGUCACCCGCUUACAGGUUCGCGGCUGGCGGCCCUACGUUGUCCCCCUGCAGCGACGCGACUGGUUCCAGGUGGCCCGGGCGCUGCUGACUCGCCGCUACUGGCAGGCGGGGCUCACCACACACCCGGGAUACACCUGGUACCUGGAGAGGGUGGCAGCCACAGUGGAGCAAGCGGUGCGGGAGACGGGGGCGGAGCAGGUCAUCCUAGUGGGGCACUCCGCAGGCGGAUGGCUGGGCCGAGCAUUCCUGGGCGACCCGCGCUACCAGCAGCAGCAGCAGUCGGAACCUAGGCAAGGCUUCUGGGCCUCUGUUGGGGGCCUGUCCCUGCCCGCAUGGGGGCUAACAGCUGCUGGCGGGGUGCUGGCUGCGCGGCCGCCGCCUCCCGGCAGCGCGGGUGGUGAGCCUCACCCGCGGGUGGCUGCGGUGGUGACACUGGGCACGCCGCAGCGGCCGCCCCCAGCGAACAAGAAGCGGGACAUGACGGGCGGGGCGCAGGGCUGGGUGGACCGCACCUACCCCGGCGCCUUCUUCGCACCCGCCGGCGUGCGCUACGUGUGCGUCUGCGGGCGCAGCGCGCGCGGACACCGGGACUUCCCGCGACCCCGCGAGGGACCGCGCAUUCCCGAGGAGUAUGCGUACGACAGCUACACGGAGGUGUGUGGCGAGGGUGAGGGUGUGGUGGGCGACUGCGUGGUGCCGCUGGACAGCGCCCUGCUGCCGGGGGCGCGCCCUGUGGUGCUCGACGGGGUGUUUCAUUCCAUGUCCAAGAUCGGCACGUUUGACGAGGAGUCGGGUGUUGUGUGGUACGGCAGCGAGGACGUGUUGGACUGCUGGUUGGGCCCGCUGGUGCAGGAGCUUGGGCUGGGACAGGGCGGCGCCGGCAGUAGCAGCGGGGUGGCGGGCGAGGGCCAGGAGGCAAGCUUGGAUGGGUUCUGCGGCGAAGAUCGUGAGGAGGCGGUCCUGAAGGCAGCAACAGCUGCGUCAGCAGGAGCAUCAGCGUCACCCACCGGGAUUUAGGGGACUUGACGGCGCACCUAGGUGGAUGCAGCUGGUCAUUGAGGUGGGCGGUGGUGGUGAAUUUGUUUUGAGUUGCCUGCGAGUGGUGGUGGUUGCCUGGGAGUGAGGUUCGGAGCUAUGUAAAUUCGACGCUUUGUUAUGUAUGUUUGCUAAGGAUGUAUGGUAUGAUGACAUGUACUAUUAAGCAGCGGCGUUAUGGGGUACUGAUGAGCGUACCGAGAGGAGAGAGGGGAAUGGUGAGUGCAGGAUCGAGCAGCGAAACGCUUGAGGAAUGCAGGUAAUGUGAUGUAGACACCUGGCAAGGGUACCUGUAUGUUGGGAUCAGCGGGAGUUGUGGCAAUAUCGGAGAGGAGCGGAGUGGAAACAGUUGCAAUAGCUGACUGAGGGUGUCCUAACAAAACUGAGGAUAUUGCGUGUCUGACCUGACCAAGGAUUAGUGGUUUGCAUGUUUCGAAGGCUUCGUAAGAGAAGGCAUUCACGCUAUACGGAUAUGGAGGGUAGGUUAGCCAUGCGCAACUGAGUGAGCAGCUUCCAGCACGAGAGUUGUGAAGAGAGAUGUAAGCUACACGGUCGCGCGUAUGUGGUACCAGUGGAAGGGGAGUUGGAUGAUUUUGCACGGCGAGGAAGAGCUUUUCGGCAGGUUUGCUGGCGAAGGUUGCCGCCUUAAAUAUAUCCAAGGCCCAUUAGGCAAGUUCUUCAACCCCAUGGCCCAGCCGUAAUGUACAGAACAUGCAUACAAGUCUUGCGAAUAACCAU